GUAAAACUUAUAUAAAGACGCCCUUUACCCCGCUUUUAUAAAACGCAGCACACCGCCCACAAACUUAAACCCUAAUCUAAAACCCUCCACACAGAAAAUACAGAGUAGCCGCAGAUCACAGUCAUGGUUGCCAGAGGAGGUGGUGGAUUCAGGGGAGGCCGAGGAGGAGGCGGAGGCGGAGGCAGAAGUGGAGGCCGAGGCGGAGGCAGAGGGUUUGGUAGAGGAGACAGCGGGAUGAAGCGUGGUGGUGGUGGUGGCCGCCGAGGAGGGGCGCCAAGAGGAGGAGGGCGUGGGAGAGGCCGCGGUGGCGGGAUGAAGGGAGGAAGUAAAGUAGUGGUAGAACCACACAGGCACGCGGGAGUGUUCAUAGCCAAGGGUAAAGAGGAUGCUCUUGUAACUAAAAACUUGGUCCCAGGAGAAGCUGUUUAUAAUGAGAAGAGAAUCUCUGUUCAGAACGAAGAUGGAACAAAGGUUGAGUACAGAGUGUGGAACCCAUUCCGAUCUAAGUUAGCUGCUGGUAUCCUUGGUGGACUUGAUCAUAUCUGGAUUAAACCUGGUUCUCGAGUACUUUACCUUGGAGCUGCCUCAGGAACCACAGUAUCUCAUGUUUCCGACCUUGUUGGCCCUGAGGGAAUGGUGUAUGCUGUUGAGUUUUCUCAUAGGAGUGGUAGGGAUUUGGUGAACAUGGCUAAGAAGCGAACAAAUGUUAUUCCCAUCAUUGAAGAUGCUAGGCAUCCUGCAAAGUACAGAAUGCUUGUUGGAAUGGUUGAUGUUAUAUUUUCUGAUGUUGCCCAGCCUGAUCAGGUCUGCGUCUUUUGCACAUUUUUAUAGCUUUCAAAAUGACAUUCACAUAGAUUUUGGCUACUUCAGAUAUCAUGGUUAUGUUUCUUGAAUUUGUUACAUUUACCUAGAGCAAUAAAUUUUCUACAGAAAGAAAACGAUUGCCCUCUUGAAAAACUGUAGCUUGGAUUUCAAAUAUUCUUAAAUUUACUAGGGUUUGUGAAAAUUGAAAUUGAAAGCUCAGUUUGAAGCUUUUCCUACAAUAUCAUGAUCCUUCUGUGUGUGACCAUUUAGCAAUUGUUUAAUUUUGCUGCAAUUAACGAGUUUUCCCUCAUCUGUCAUGAGCUGGUUCUUUUUUUAAUUUGGCUUUUGCAUUACUCCUUUAAUUGUUUAUUGUGUUUAUCUGAGUUUGUUAUGCACAAUACUUUGCUUUUCAGCAAGUUAAUGCUAGGAAGCUGCAUGUCCUAUCUUAAAAUAGGUUGCAUUACAUAUUCAGCAUGUAGAACAGUUGCUUUUCCUGUUUCUCCCAAGUGUUUUUUUUUUUUGGGUAGCACCUCCAGAGAGGGUAAAACCCACAUUAGUUCUUCUUUUUCAUUCCACUGGUUUUUGGAUAUAUUAUUAGCAGAUGACGAGUUUCUCGGAUUCCCCUUCAGGACAUCAUGGAUGAUGCACAAACCGAGUUAACUGAUGCUAUUUUUUUUUUCUCUCUUUUCAUACCAGAGCAGGGCCCCCUUCUGCUUUUGGUUCCAUUUUUUGAAAAUUGUAAAGCUUAGCAGUAGUUCUUAAUGUUUUUUGUCCAUUUUCUGCUCGUGUUGUGUGCUUUUGUUGCAAAUGGUGUGAACUUUUUUUUUUUUUUUUUUAUUACUUUCAAUCACUGUGAGACUCAUGAUUCCUGCCUGUCAUUUCCAGUCUAGUGCUUUAGUGCAUCUGUGUUGAAUUUCCUUGGGUUUUGAUCUGUUGUUUGGUUGCCUGUACUGAUUGUGUUGUAUGCAGGCAAGAAUUGUGGCACUUAAUGCAUCCUACUUCUUGAAAACUGGAGGACACUUUAUCAUAUCAAUCAAGGUUUGUAUUCUGAUUCUUGCUUCUGUGCUGGUGAACUUAACUGGAUGGAGUCUGAUCUUUGUAUAGAGGGUCUGGUUUUUAACAAUUUUGUGAAUUUAACAGGCAAACUGCAUAGACUCAACUGCUCCAGCUGAGGCUGUAUUUGCCCAAGAAGUAAAGAAACUACAGGCAGAGCAGUUUAAGCCUCUUGAGCAAGUUACUCUUGAACCAUUUGAACGAGACCAUGCUUGUGUGGUUGGUUCUUACAGACCACCCAAGAAACAAAAGGCUUAGGUGUGACUUUUCUACUUCUUCUCGGCCAAUGUUUGUACCAAGAAAACAGCACUGGAUAGUAGUAUUUCUAGUCUAAAUGAAUUUUAGUUUUAAGGUAUUUUUGUGGAGUGAGAUUUAUCAUCAUGGCAACUUUCUUACAAGAGCUCUAUUUGCAUACUUGAUUUGAUCUGAAGUGAUGUCUAUAAUGCUAGCUGCAACCCGUUUCCUUUUUCAGUUUUUUGUCUGUUCACUCAUCCUUUCAGUGUUAGCUGAUCUGGAGGUAGAUGUAAGUUGUUUCAGUGGAAGCCUAUCUAGUGGAUGUUAUUAGUUGUUAGAUGCUAUCGAAAACAUCUCUUAAUAAAUAACAAAUGGGGC